AUGUACCAGGAUGCUGCGAACCUGAUCGAUGACGCUACCGCCAAUGUGCGCACCAGUCGUCUCGAAGCUAGCACCGCGCCGCCACUUCGCAUCCACGGCAUCGACGGUGCCAUCACGUGGCCGCUCUCGUCCGAGCACGCAGCAGCCCUCGCGACACUCGACGUUCCCAAUGGCACCCUUCUCCCGACGUCUUUUGCUUUUGUUCAACCCACUGCAUGGCGCAAAAUCGUCCAGAACGAGCUGCAUCAGGAGGCGGCGAAUGCGAUUACGGACGCCGACCUCGUUUUCUCGCACCUCGUUGUCGACGCCGUUGGCACCGGCGCCGCGCUCGUGCCGACAAACAUGCCAGAUGACGCCUUUGGCUUCAUGGUUCUGCACUUGCCAUCGGCCUACGAUGGCGGUGAGAUGGUAUUUCGCUAUGGCUACUCGAUCGAGACAUGGACACCCGACAAGGCCGAUGUCGAAAUCGCCGCAACCUUCCGCGACCUCGUCCCUACCUCGGCGCCAAUCACAAGAGGAGUGCGCUUGGCGCUCGUCUUCCGUCUCGUCAUGAUCCACAACGACGAUGACAUUCCGGCACCAUGCAACCAAACCGAGGCC